CAAAAAAAAAUCGAAAGAAAAACAUCUCAACCAUCACCCGCGGGGUCAAAUCCUCAGGUGUAGCCAUAUUCUUGAUGAACAUUUCCAUGCAACUGCAAUCGGACGUGCUGGUGCCGGAGCAGUCGUCGCCGUCCCCGUCGCCUUCGGACUCCUCCUCGAGCCGCCCCGCAUGCUCCGACGAGGAGCAGGUCGUGGUGCUGGCGUCGAGCCGGCCGAAGAAGCCGGCCGGGCGGAGGGUCUUCAAGGAGACGCGGCACCCGGUGUACCGGGGAGUGCGGACGCGGAACAGGGGCAAGUGGGUGUGCGAGCUCCGGGAGCCCAACAAGAAGACCCGGAUAUGGCUCGGGACGUACCCGACGGCGGAGAUGGCUGCGCGCGCCCACGACGUGGCCGCGCUGGCCCUGCGCGGGAGGCAGGGCGCGUGCCUCAACUUCGCCGACUCCGCCUGGCGGCUGCCCGAGCCGGCGUCCCGCGAGCCGGCCGAGAUACGGAGGGCGGCGGCAGCGGCGGCCGAGGCGUUCCGCCCUGCCGAGGCCGAGGAGGCGGUCUCUUCGUGCGGCGAAGCCAGCGGAGGGAGCGUUUGCACCGGCCAGGAGGCAAGCGUGCGUGCUCCAGACGACGAAGACGGUGAUCAUAAGAAGGUCAAGCAAGAGACGGUGCGUGAUUGCAUGGAGAUUGAAGAGACGACGUCGUUCGACCUGAAGAAGUGGCUCGAGUGUCCUCUUCUGUCUCCGACACCACAUGAUGCCGGCGCCCAUUUUAGCUGGGACUACGAUGCGGAAGGCGAUCAUGCAGAUGUUUCGCUGUGGAGUUACUCCUUGUGAUGACGACAACGUAAAUUAUGCAGCUUUUUUUUUAUAAAAAGAAUUCUUUUACAUUGUUUUAGUUCCUCCUCUUGGCAUCUUAUUUCGAUUUCAUUGUAUUUUCCCUAUUAUCAGCUCGUUACAGCGUCUCUGUGUGCCGUAGAAUAGGCAGAAUUCUGUGUCAACUGUCAAUAUGCUCAUCACAUGUAUAACUGGAGUCAUUACCGACCAGACAGAGAACAAGGGAUAGAAUAGAAUCAUAGAAAGAGUCUGACUUAGCCGUGGCAGCUUAGUCAUUUUGG